UUCCGGUUCCUUUAGUUCCCGCCUCUUCCUUUCAGCCGUCGAGAUUUGACGAGCUCUCGCGAGACCUAGGCCUCUUCUCAGGCCGGCGCUCCCCAAGGAACAGGCCAUGUUCAGCUCCAGCGCCAAGAUCGUGAAGCCCAAUGGCGAGAAGCCCGACGAGUUCGAGUCCGGCAUCUCGCAGGAAAUCGAGGUCGGCGGCGGGCGGAAGGCCAUCAUCAUCUUCGUCCCGGUGCCCCAGCUGAAGUCUUUCCAGAAGAUCCAGGUCCGGCUGGUCCGCGAGCUGGAGAAGAAAUUCAGCGGGAAGCACGUGGUCUUCAUCGCUCAGAGGAGAAUUCUGCCCAAGCCAACUCGAAAAAGCCGGACAAAGAAUAAGCAGAAGCGCCCCAGGAGCCGCACGCUGACCGCCGUGCACGACGCCAUCCUGGAGGACUUGGUUUUCCCAAGUGAAAUUGUGGGCAAGAGGAUCCGUGUGAAGCUGGACGGCAGCCGGCUCAUCAAGGUCCAUUUGGACAAAGCUCAGCAGAACAACGUGGAGCACAAGGUUGAAACUUUCUCGGGUGUCUAUAAGAAGCUCACAGGCAAGGAUGUUAAUUUUGAAUUCCCAGAGUUUCAGUUGUAAACGAAAAUGACUAAAUAAAAUAUUAUUCUCAGUA